AUGCAUUAUAGUACCUUCGGGGAAGCUGACCAUCCUGGUGGCUAUAUACAUCUACAAGGAAUGAGAUAUGCUAUAGAAGAGAUUAAUAACUCCAGCACCAUACUGCCAAAUAUUACAUUAGGAUAUGAGGCCUUUGAUGACUGCUUUGAACCUGCUGGAAUCAUGGAGACCUUUGACUUUAUUGCUGGUCAUUCACAAUCCUCUGUAAAAGUGCUCAGUAACUACAGUGCAUACAAGCCCAAAGUGAUAGCUGUUGUUGGCCCGAUUGUAAGUGAUACUGCUGUUAUCACAGCCAGCAUACUGAGUAACUUCCUUAUGCCACAGGUUAGUUACAGUGCUGCCUCUGAAGUUUUGAGUAACAAACGGGUUUUUCCAUCAUUUCUGCGAACAUUCCUGAGUGACCAAAAACAAGCAGAGGCCAUGAUUUUGCUCUUAACGAAAUUUCAUUGGAACUGAGUGAUCAUAAUAGGUAGUAACAAUGAAUAUGGACAACGAGGGAAGCAACAACUCAUCACACUGGCAUCGGCUUAUGGCAUAUGUGUUGCUCAUGACACGACUCUGAGCAAAGACAGCAGUACAUUCAAAAGUGAUAUCACACACAUCAUCAUCGUGAUUAUAAAACAAAAUGUUAAUGUUGUAGUCAUAUUUGCUGAUGACCUUUUUGGAACUGCGUUUUCCAAGGAGGUUAUUACAUCCAACGUUAUUGGCAAAGUAUGGAUUGCAAGUAAUGUGUGGGCUAUAGACAGAAAGGUCACAGUUAUCCCAAACAUUCAGAGGAUUGGUACAGUUUUGGGAAUUGCAUCACAAUAUGGAACUAUGCCAGGUUUGAAGCAGUUUGUGUCUAAGGCUGUAGGUCAAAAAUUAUCUAAGCUUAAUGCAUCCUUCAGUGCUUCACAAAAAUGGGAUAGUUCUUCAGGUAACUGCAACCAGAUCUGUGAAGAAUGCAACUCCGUAACUGCUGAAGCUGUAUUAGACUCUCCUGAAAUAAGGGCUUUGUUCAGGACAUAUUCAGCUGUGUAUGCCAUUGCCUAUUCUCUCCAUAAAUUACUUGACUGCAACUCCGUACUCUGUAAAGAAACAACAUUUUUUCCAUGGCAGCUUCUUGAAAAAAUAAAACAAGUUAAUUUUACUCUCCAUGGUAAACAAAUAUAUUUUGACCAAAAUGGAGAUGCACCCACAGGUUAUGACAUCAUCUUGUGGAACUGGACAAACUCAAGGGUUUCUUUUGAUACAGUUGGGACGUACACUUCCAUCCCUGGAAGGAUUGAUGUAAACUCUGACCUUAUUACAUGGUACACAGGCAAUAAAACGAUCCCUAAAUCUGUUUGUUCAGAAGAAUGUUUACCUGGGCAGAAAAGAAAGCAAGCAGGUCCUCACUUUUGUUGUUUCUUCUGCAUGACAUGUCCAGAAGGGACAUACGUUAACAGUACUGAUCCUUAUGAAUGUCAGCCUUGCCUUAAAGACAUGUGGUCCCCUGAAGGAAGUCAAGUUUGCUUUCCCAGAACCCUUGAGUACCUUGAAUGGAACAAUGAGAUCUCAGUCCUGUUAAUGAUAUUAUCAGCAGCUGGACUUUUCCUGACUGGACUAACAAUGCUUGUCUUCCUUAAGAACCUGGAAACCCCAGUAGUGAAAGCUGCAGGAGGAAAAGCAUGUCUGCUGAUGCUCACUUUUAUAAUAUUCUGUUACUGCAGUGUCUUUUCAUUCAUUGGAAAACCAAAUGAAACAGCCUGCGUGGUGAGGCAACUAAUGUUUCCCAUAAGCUUUACUGCCUUCAUGUCAUGCCUUGUACUUCGAUCAUUUCUCAUAGUUUGUAUAUUCAAAAUGGCUAGUAGCCUGCCAAAGUCAUUUGACUACUGGGUUAAACAGCACGGUCAGAGUUUGUUCUUGGCAGUUGGUACAGCAACACAAAUGACGAUUUCUUCUUUCUGGCUCACGAAAGGUACUUUUAAGCCUGUGCUUGACUACACUUUUAAAGAAGCCAUUAUUUUAAAAUGUGGCACAAAUCAGUCCCUUGCUUUAAUAACACAAGAUGCUUUCACUGGUUUCCUUAGUAUAAUUUGUUUUGUGUUCUCAUACAUGGGAAAAGACUUGCCAAAAAACUACAGCGAAGCAAAGUGUAUAACAGUAACUAUUCUGAUAUAUUUCUUUUCUCUUGCAUCUUACUUUUUGUUUAAUGUAGCCCAAAAUGAAAGAUACAGCACUAUUUUGUUGGCUGCAAUCAUCCUAGUCAGAUUAUAUGGCAUCCUUGGUGGAUAUUUUUUUCCUAAAUUUUAUAUCAUUGCCGUUAGGCCUCAGAAGAACAACACUGCAUAUUUCCAGUCUUGCAUUCAGAACUACACAAACAGUUCUCUUACUAAUUAA